AUGACCACGGCAGGAGAGAUGGAUUCGACGGCAGGCGGCGAGGACCUGGAGCCGCUCUUCGACUACAAGCGAGUGCAGCCCAGGAUGACCUUCUCCUUCGACGACAGCGACCUGGAGGCGGCCGACAUCUUCAAGCACUGCAACAAGCGCCCCAAGGUCCACGCCACCACGGAGAAGGAGGAGAGUAAGCCAGAUGAGGAGGCUGCCGCCCCCAAGGUGGUGGUCCUCGACGAGGAGGAUUGGUUGCAGCCCCCGCCGCCCAAGGCCGCAUUCAGGGCCCCGGCAGAGGAGGAUAGUACGUUUCGUGAACUGAGGUUGAAGAAACAGGAGUGGGCAAAAUUUGCUGAGUCAGCUCAGGAUAUAUUGCAAAAGAUGGACGCAAUCACCAACAAAGAAGUUGGUCCAAAGGAACCACCUGAACAAAUAAUUCUGGAUGAGGAGUCUGAACCUCCAGUCCAGAAAGCAAGGGAAAAGAUUGUCAUAUCAAUUCAGGACAAGGAUGGGCAUCAACAGAUGCGUGUAUACAAGGACGAGAAGUUUGACAAGCUUCUCAAGGUGUACGCCAAGAAGACAAAGCUGAACCCAUCUGAUUUGUAUUUUGUAUUUGAUGGUGAGAAGAUUAACCCAUCAUCUACACCUCAGGACCUUGAUCUUGAGGAUGAAGACAUGAUUGAGGUGCGCCGUAAGCGGAGUUGA